AUGACGGGGGGCUGUCGAGGAGAAGGCGCCCCCCUUGCCCUGCUGGGCUCCUCCGGGUCUCCAUCAGGUUGGAAAGCGGCCAGCCCUCCCUCCGAGAAUGCUCCCCCGACGGGAGGGGAGGCGAGGGGCGGGCUGCUGCUGUGUCCGGCCUGGGGCGAGACGCCGCCCCGCUCUUUAAGAGCCCAGCCAGCCAGCCGGGGGGCAGCAGCAGCAGCAGCCGCCGUCGGAGAGGGUCGCCUGUUCUCGCCGUCGAGGGUGGCUCAGCCGGCGGCGGACGCCAUGGCGCGGCAGCAGCACCAGCAGCCCGAGUACGCGCCCACGGCGGGGCCGGCCGCCUACUACGACGACUACGAGGCCGGCGGCCCGGCGGGGGCCAACUGGAGCGGCUGGGCGCCGGCCUGCGCGUGGGGCGAGGAGGAGGGCGGCGGCGGCGGCGGGGCCGAGACGGACUGGGAGGUCUCCUUCUCGCUGCUGCCGGUGCUCUACAUGCUGGUCUUCGUGCUGGGCCUGUCGGGCAACGGGCUGGUGCUGGCCACGGUGUGGCGCGGCGGGCCGCGGGCCAAGCGCCGCGCCUCGGACACCUACAUCGGGCACCUGGCGCUGGCCGACCUGGCCUUCGUGGCCACGCUGCCGCUGUGGGCCGCCUACACGGCGCUGCGCUUCCACUGGCCCUUCGGCGCGGCGCUCUGCAAGCUCAGCAGCUACGCCGUGCUGCUCAACAUGUUCGCCUCCGCCUUCUGCCUGGCCUGCCUCAGCGUCGAGCGCUACCUGGCCAUCGUGCGCGCCCUGCCGCGCUCCUCCGCCGGCCGCCCGGCCCCGGCCCGCACCCGCGCCUCCACGCGCCUGGCGCUGGCCGCCGUCUGGCUGCUGGCCGGCCUGCUGGCCCUGCCGGCGCUGCUGCUGCGCGACACGCGGCCGGCGGGCGAGGAGCAGGAGGAGCAGGAGGCGGCCGGGGAGGCGCCGCUGCGCUGCGACAUGGACUUCAGCGGGGUGGCGUCGGGCGAGGCGGAGCAGGCGCGCUGGCUGCUGGCGCUCAGCGUCUCCACCACGGCGCUGGGCUUCGCGCUGCCGCUGCUGCUCAUGAGCCUCUGCUACUGCGGCAUCGGGGCCACCCUGCGGCGCCACUUCCGCCGCCACGCGCGCCCCACCCACGAGGAGGGCCGCUGCCAGCGGCGGCGCCUGCUGCGCAUCAUCGUGGCGCUGGUGGCGGUCUUCGCCGCCUGCUGGCUGCCGCACCACCUCCUCAAGCUGCUCGACGUGCUGGACUGGGUGGGCGUCGUGCGGCUGCCCUGCGCCGCGCAGGCCCUGAUCCUCCGCCUGCACCCCUACGCCACCUGCCUGGCCUACGUCAACAGCUGCCUCAACCCCUUCCUCUACGCCUUCUUCGACAGCCGCUUCCGCGCCCGGUGCCUGGGCUGGCGCAAGGCGCUGCUGCUGCGCGGCCAGGCCGGCUCCGUCUCCUCCACCCUCAGCGGGCAGACCCAGAAGUCCGAGGUGCCCUCCCUGGGCACCAAGGUGUAGUAGCCGCCCGCAGCCCACCCCGACGGCGGCGCACUUGGAGUCCCCUCGCCCGGCGAGCCGCCGAGAAGAGACGCGCGCUGCUUGGGGGGGGCGACGACGGGGCGGGCGGCGCUCGGCUCGCCAAGUGGCCUGCGGUGGAGCGC